CCGCUGCCCCGCGGUUAUGAACCACCCAGGAAAUGUCGAGAUAGAUACUCUACCUUAUUGGCUUUUUCAGUGUUUAAAAAUUCAAUAUUUUUCUUGAGUUAAUUUGAUGUUUUAGUUUUAUUUUUCCAAAAGAAUUGAAGUUGAUGUUGGCAAUUUUUUUUGUAAUUUUUUUUGCCCAAUGGUCCAUAAUUUAUUCGAGACCGUCUUAUUCCAAAUACUCACUUCUUUAUUUAAUUCAAUGCACGAUUUCCAGAUCAAUUACCUAUUUUCUUUCAUCUCCUUUGGACUCUGUUGAAUUUUCUGUCUCUCCUUAUUUUUCUUGGAGCUGUUAUAUUUAUUUAAGACUCUCUUUUCGGGAACAUGGAUCGUUCGACCAACCUUCAGCAAGAUACUAACCCCUCAAAGCUGGCUAAACGACCACUACGCAACCACCCUAGAGCAACACAAAAUCCCGAAAGCUCCUCUUCACUCUCAUCACGCAUAGCAUCCUCUGCAUCUGGCCUUGCUAGAGAUACUUUUACGAAUCAGCAUCCCAGUACAGCUUCUUCUACAUUCGCAUCUGCCCUGUCCAAUGGAUCAAAAGGACAACAAGCAUCAUCUUCAUCCGCAUCUCAGUCAGAACACUUUUCGUCAUUGUCUCAACCGCUUACUGGAUCUUCUUCAAGUUUAUCAGCUUCUCAUGAUGCGGGUUCAGGCCCUGCGUUUCAAUCUUUCCGGUCACAACCAAGCUCAUCACAUGACCAAAUACAUCAAGAUUUUGAGCAAUUCUUUUCCAAAUGGAAUGGGGAUAACGAUGUCGAAUUGCAUGGAACCAUUUUAGAAGAUAGCCACUUUGCGUUGCCGUACCCCGGACAAACCGUGACACAACCACCGCAGGAGAAACACGUAUAUAGAGAGCAACCGCCACAAUACGAUCCCCAAACUGCAUGGUAUUACCACGAUCUAAACGCCCACCUUAUCAACCAUCAGCACGUCCAGCAUCAACAGUACAUCAUUGAUCAGCGCCGGCAGAAAUCUCGUCCAACCUCGCCGCAAGAGAUGCAGCAUGGUAUCAAUCCACAGGAUGGCGCAGAAGUAGUCAAACUCCUGGCCGAUCCGAAUCUCAAUCUCGAGGACGUUCCUUCAUCGUCUUUUGCUGAAGCAGAUUCUUUAGCGCAGGACCAGCAUCCAUACUCGGUGGAAGAAUUAUUUCAUCACAAUAUCCCCAAGGAAGAAGUGGAGCGGAUACGCACACUCUUUCCACCGCCGCCGGAACAUCGGGUAAUGGAGCAGACGAAUCCAGUAGAUAUGGUCCCAGAAUUUGGCGAAGUGGAUGGCAGGCGAAGCAUGCAGGAUUCUCCUUGGACAAGUGCAUAUCGUUCCCCAGCGGAGCGGGAGCAGUGGCUGAAUGAAUGGGAAGGCGUGCUGAACCGGUACACAGAUGAAGUGUGGGGCGAUUUGUUACCUAUUGUCAAGGAUGCGAGAGAAGAAAUCGAGCAGGCAAGAAAGGACGACCAUGAUACAAUGGCAGGAAGGGCCGUGCGGAGGUUGGGCUUGAUAUUGGCGCACCUGUGAUGGUAAUAUAUCCAAGCGCAAUGUGAAAUUGGAAAUACUCUCUGGAUGCUAAUGAUGAACGGACAACGACAUUAAUCUUGCAUUAAGAAACGCUGAUAGCGUCGCUUAAUAUUCUAUAUAACAUUAUCAUGAAACGUAAUAAAGCCAGCGCAGCAAUGGAAAUCGUCCCUAAACAAAACGACUCGCCCGUCCACCUCGAAUUUUCAAACUCAUGAUACAGAAAUGCUCACAAUGUGAAAUUGAAGGAAAAUGAUCUUGGUUGUGCACCAUGAAGAGUCGUUGGGUCCGACCUGGCCAGUUUGCAAGACUUCCAGGUUCACCGUUCAGCUCGUGGAAGCGAAGCAUACGGGGAUGACCUGGUGUGUCGGGUCGAUGGAUAUAGUUGGGUUACAGAAGGGAAAAAUAAUAGAAGAUUUCGGUCGUUCAAGCAGAGG